AUGUACUGUCUAUGUUAGUCCAGGAACUCGCUGACAGUGUGUGCGUUCUAUUCUGCAGAGGGAACCCCAACCUUGCGGAGCUGGACAAGUGUCGACCCAUGAUCGUGAAGCAGAGUCGGAUCCAAAAGAUGCUCAGGUGGUUGAUCAACGAAAGGAAGAAUCCGGCGUACUCUGCCGUCUCCUUUUUUAAUGGCGAAAGACUUGCACAGCUCGUUCGACGCAAUUCUGGUGUGCUCAACUCUACCUCUCCAGCACCCACGGCGGUUUCAGCUUCCACUUCGGCUUCGGCUUCCGUCUCGGUUGCUCCCCAAGUGUCGGAUGGACAAACCUCGGAUGGAGACAGUCUCGUGCCCGACGCAGUUUUGGCGAAUGUGUUUACCGCAGAGACAGUGGAACCAACAUCAUCGCUCUUUGAAGGCUACGCAACAGCGCAUAACGACUCUGAUGAACCAGUAUUCGAACACGUCCAUGUGCCGCCACCCGCUACCGACGAACCAGUUCACUCGUGGCAGUUCUCUGAGAAAGCUCUCCGUUAUUUCAACCACUGCAAGACCAGCCCCCCCAUGUCAUUCCGACAGGCGACGACCCUUUGUGGGGAUCUUCGGAUGACUUCCUGCUCUCAAAGCUGCAAGGUGGCCACACCUCGAUCCAUUCGGUCUCGUCGGUGUCUGUGUCGAGCGCGACGUCAAGAUUUCUCUGGAGGAGCAAGUCAACCAUUGGCUCAAUCUAUACGACAGCGAUUUUCGGUGCGACCCGUCUUUCCCGUUCAUCAUCUCGAACAUUCUCCGCCGACGAGACGUGUUUCGCCACCUCGCUUUUCGGGUCCCCAAAGAGAAGGUGGCUCGAAUCGCAGCAGCACUGCUCGAAUUUACCGCAUAUCGACCGUAUUCUGGCGUUUCGUCCAAGCACACACGUACUUCAACCAGGCGAGACAAGCCCCACACGCUCGCUUUCAGUUCGUGCCGCAUCGGAUCCGGGUACAUGCCAGGAACAAGCCCCUCUUCAUGCAAGUCACGCGUACAAUCAACUAAAUUCCUGUAUGGGUAAGCUGAUUUAACAAUUCUACCGCAUCGUCAUCAUUACAGCCUUGUCCCCCUCUUCUCACUGACCGUCCACCAUCGCACAAGAAAAAGCUAUCACCGGUCAAGAGGUCCAUUACCGUGACAUUGACCUUGCAGUGUCCCUUCCAAAAAAAAACGUAAGUCGCUCCCUGAAGUCCCGAUCUCAACAUCAACUGAAACCACUUCUUAUAGCCAAGUUCGGUGAAAGCGCGUUGUGGGUCCCCGGCGCUGACGACCACAUGCGAACACAAACUCGUCCAGACGCGGACUGUGACAUGCGGCGAGCGAAACGCGCGUGGACCACCAAUAGGGGCCAGAAACAGAUGUUCUUCCUGGAAAGCGCACAACUCCGACGGAGUCAGAGCGCGUUAGAGACCAAAAGUGCGUCCAAGGGAUGCAAAGCUGUGAAUGACGCGCGUAUGAAGGCCCAUUGGUGCGCAAUUGCACGAUUUUCGGCGCGCGUACAAACGAAUCGUAACGCGCAAAUUGCCCCGCACGCGCAGAUCCAUUUGUUGCCCAAACGGGGGCCCAUAAACCCGGCCCCCGGGCCAGCGCGGCCCGGUUACUUGACCGCACCGGAGCGUGUGACCUCGUGCGAUCGGCGUGCGGGCAGGCUCUUCCUCGCACAUCCGGAAUAUUUCUAAUCCUCUCUUUCCUCUGGCUCGUUUCUUCUUACCCGUGGCUCUCGUAUCUUUUGGACAAGCAAAAAGCAAACCAUGUCCACUUCUUCAGCUCAAUACCCACCUUUCGCGGUGUCGUUGUUCCAAAGGCACGAUGGGUAUUCGUUUGGGUACAAGGUGCUCGGACGAGAACACUUGGGAGCCCAGACGCCGUUGGUGUUGGUGCAAGGGUCAGUGGACAUCAUUGACCCGGCUCCAGUUGGAUUCAUAGACUAAUGAGCGGCUUGCGGUUUCAGUCUGAGCGCAGUAGGCCUUGUCGAUUGGUUACCUCUCGCUCAACACCUGGGCAAUACCCGACCCGGUACGCUCUAGCGCUCUAGCUCUUGCCCGUCAAGCUCAUUAGACACUCCUAACUAAUCGGGGGUCACUGCCCUCCUUUUUUCCUCGCUCUCUCCUCUAGUACUUAUCUUUGAUAACCGUGGAAUGGGAUCGUCGAAGAUUGCAAAGGGGCACAAAGCGGUUGCGUUUAGUAUUAGGGAUAUGGGCAUGGACGUCAUCUCCAUCGUCAAGGUACGAACGGUUUGAAGUGGGGAACCAGCUCGGCCCCCACACGGCGAGCGCUCGGCAUUAGAUUUCACAUGCGUACGCUGGCAGUGAACUCAUCUGUGACAUCCUCCGAAUGAUACACCUCUGUAGAGAUUGGGCUGGAAGGAGAUCGACCUCUUGGGCUUCAGCAUGGGAGGCAUGAUCGCGCAAGCUAUCCUGGUCGAAGACAAGAUUCAUCGCUCCUUCAAGAUUCGACACACCCUGUUGUUCGCAACGUCUGCGUAUGUCCAGCUUGGGAUUCGUGUCUUUAGAUUAACGAGGUACUCAUAGUGCGAGUUUGCGUUUGCCGUGUGCAGAAAAGCAGCCCAUUCGGACUUGCUCGCGGCGAUGCCGAAACCGAUCGAGAAAAAGUUGACGCUUGAUGAAAAGAAGGAGUUGAUCAGGCCCUUCAUCAGGGUAAGCAACCAGCUCAAGUAUGCACACUGAGAGAUUUAAGAAACUGAGCCGCCGCUUUGUCCUGCGUAUUUGUUUUGUUGUCAGGUCAACUACGAUCCGAAAUUUGUGGCCAGCCCGAGGGUGAGUCGUACCCGGGGUAGGAGGGCGGCUGUCUGUAGCAACCAUAGACACUGAAUCAGAAUUCUCCUAUGUGCAGAAUAAUGACCUUCUAGAACGACGCACAAUGGAAUCAGUCAUGACCCGACGGCCGGCAAGAACAAUUGGUGCGUCAACCUUCAAUGCAACGCCACCAGCGAGUCGAAAUCCUGCUCCUAGAUUUCGUCACUGAUAUUUACGGCAGUUCGCUUGCGAGUCUCACAGCUCACCAAAUGCAAGCAGUGAGUCUUGGUUUACUCAAGGUACUGCAGGAAGCCGGAACAGCUUCCCUGACCUCUUUCCUCGUCUCACCUCCCACUGCAGAUCGCGAAAUACGACGUGCGGAAACAAAUCCCUUCGAUCCCGACCUCGACUCCUGUACUCGUCGUCCACGGGAGGGAGGAUCGAUCUGUCUACUUCACUGAACUCGAUUAUAUCCUGAGAGGUAUCAAGCAUGCCCAAGUCGCGAGGUUCGGUGGGAUGGGGCAUUCGUACGUUGUGAGAGCAGGAAUUCUCUUCUUCCUCCCUGCGGCUGACCUGACCCCGUCGACUCCCCUUGGCCAUCGACGCACCACAGAUGGGCCGAUUAUUACACCCCUCAAUUCUGGACCGAGUUCAUCUCGGCGUUCUGUGAUGAUCAGCCGAUCGAUGGGUUCGUCAAGGUUGGUGAACAUGGGAUGGCGAAUGUGGCGAAGCUGUGAUGAGGGCGCAAUGAUAGGUGGGUUGGAGUUGUAGGGGAUUCGAGGGCUUGAGCCACUGGGGCUACGUGGCCGCGUAGCAAUGAUGAUAAUCGAAGGCUUUCGUAUAUUGGGGUGAGAGUGUCGUGUUUUUUGCUGGACGACGUAGCUGAGUUUCCCCUCAGCCGUCCCAAGGGAUCGGGUUCGCUCGAGGCUGAGAUCGGGACAUCCUCUCCGGAAUUUAGCCUGAUCUCAAUCGUGCUGAUCAUGGGUGAUAUUGUCAGAUAUCCAAGUAUCUCUGCGUUGUCGUCGCUACACCCCAGUAUCUACGCCCUAAAAUUGCUCCUGUCCAUUCACGGUUUUCCAGCGACCUCGUUCGGACUUUUCGCCUUGAUCGUCAACGCGUGCAACCCCUUGACUUGGAACUCCUCCUUAAGCGAAUCGUUGACGAGGCGAUGUCGUUGAAUAGCUCGCUGUGAUGGGAGAUGCGAGAGUUCAAAGUCAGGUCGCCCGGACUUGCAGCCCUCUGAUCGAAGCUAAACAUCGAGGUACAAGGAGCGAAAGAGUUGCCUCGCUGCUUUGGGCCACCCUGAACUCAACAACACCCGCUUCUCCGUACUCACCAACCCUUCAAACCUCUCACUAACGAUCUCGACCGUGAAAUGCGUCUCGCCUGAACCUCCUCCUAUCGAUCGCAUCGCAGAAUGGUGGGAAUGCGAGGCCGAGUCGUUCGAGAUGGAGAGGUGGGAGGGGGAGAAGGAGGUUGUUAACUAG